GCCGGUCCAGAUGUGUUGAUGCCAUACUUAUUGUCUCUUCAUUUCCACCACAUGUCAAACAAAUCGUUUGGUUUCACGUGCAUUACUUCGAACGGAAAUACAAGGGCUAUUCACAUUGGGGUCGUUUCUCGAGGGGCUGACUCUCUAUCGGCAACUGGUAAAGAUGUGGAUAUACGGCUACGUGGCUUCGACCUUCCGACAGAAGCGCAACAUAAGAUUCCAUACCAACGCCGUGUCCAAUGGGACGAUGAUAAGACGGAAUUUGCGGAAACUGCAGCAUAGGCUAUCCAUGGGGAGCAUGAGUCGUCCCGGCGAAGCAACAGACCCCAAAAAUAUCAUCGACACCCACAACCAUGCUCUGGUGCCGACCGCUUCGCAAAACAGUCACCAUAAAUUGCAUGGCAGUCUGCAAAAUCAAUUGUUCCAAGCGAUGGUAUCUAACCCAACACAGAGAAUGGCGUUUCUUCCGAGGGGGGGAUUGUUACGGCUUAUCAACGAGAAGUCUGUUCAGAAGCAGUUGGUAAAAGACGAAAGAAGAACAUGGCGCAGUUACCUCUCGAUGGGUGGAGCAGCUGCACGCAACGCCAAAGACAUCAAGUCUUGCGCCUUAGAGAUAUGCGGGAUCGUAUUUUCUGGAUCGCAGGGAGACCGUCCGAAACGACUCAAAAAAUCGUUCCGAAAGAUAUUCGCCAUCUUGGUCUUGAUCCACGAAUCCUCUCGGAUCUGGGACUUUGUCGGAGAAGGUGUUUGCGAUGCGGAUCUACCACUUAUUGAAACUCGAGGAGAGCAUGGACGCAAAGCCUUUGAUCUUCGCCGCAAACAUGCCGCAGACCUUCCUUUACGUUGCUUGAGAGGAUGGAAGCAGAGCGAUAUGUCUCGAUUCGCCGAAUGGCAAUGGACGAUGAUCGCCCCCGUUUUUUCGAGAGCUUCUGACAAUAUUCCCGUGCACUAUGUGCUUUCACCGGACGUCAUUCUUCCAUAUGUAUCCGCUCGAAGUGAAAACGAAGGAGGAUUUUCGCGGGUAUUCAAGGUUUUCAUACACCCCGAUCAUAACAACCUUGACUCUGCUGAGGAGCCGCAUCAGGGAUUUGCUGUCAAGCGUCUAUACAGUAGGAACCGAAAGUCUUUCGACAAAGAAGUCGAGGUGCUAAAAAUGCUAAAUCGGGCUUCUCAUCCACAUCUCAUAUCUCUCUUGGCAUCCUACGAGCAGCAUGGGGAGUUCAAUGUGAUAUUUCACUGGGCUGACGCAAAUCUAUUGGAAUACUGGGAGAAAGUAAAACCUAAACCAGCCUUCGAUAGGACAACGAUGCUGUGGGUGGCCGAACAAUGCCAAGGCAUCGCCGAGGGACUUUCAGUUAUUCAUCACAUUGGGUCGUUGCCUGAGAACCAGCAAGUGGGUCAAACCAGUUCCAGUCCCCCAUUCUUUGGGUACCACGGCGACAUCUCAACGCAAAAUAUCCUCUGGUUUUCCAAACCGAGAUACCUGAAUGACAUGGGUACUCUCAAGAUAUCUGAUUUUGGCACUGCGAGCUUGCGUGUUGUGCCAUCGGCACGUAUGGCUAUGUCACCGACGUAUGGAGCACCUGAUGGCGAUAUGCUCGGUAGCAAACCUAACUCGUCCUUCGACAUCUGGUCGCUUGGCUGUGUGUAUCUCGAGUUCGCUACCUGGCUCUUAGGAGGCGAGCGACUGUUGCAACACUUCUGCCUCGAAAGGGUGGAGCAAGACCCCGACCGUCAUUUUAAAAGCGACUGUUUCUUUGAAUUGGUUAAUGAAGAGGAUACAAAUUUGACGUACCCGAGGGUCAAGUCAUCAGUCAUCAAGUGUUUCGCCGAACUGCAUACACUCUGUAAGCAGGCCACUUACUUUCACGAGUUUCUAGAUAUUAUCCAGCAAAGCAUGAUAAAAAUUGAACAAACGGAACCUUGGGGGCGAAGCCGACUGGGUAGUAGCGAGCUCUCGGAGAGACUCGCCCUGAUGUACGAGCGGUGCGUCCGGGAAACUACAAAUGCACCUCCGUAGGCAAAGUGCAUCAUUACAGGUCAUCUCUGCGCACUGAAGCAGUCGAGCGUUCAAUUGUUUAAGGUAUGCUGCGAGGUUAGGUUGAGAACUUGAUAGAGUUGUAUAUAAU